AUGGCACCUCCAGUACCACCUACUCAGCCAGUACCAACAUCACAAACAGGCAGACUGCUGCACCGACCAAGAUGUCUAGAGCAACUUCAGUGUUCUGCUCAAAGUCUGUCCAAAGAAGCAUGUUUGACUGGUGAAUAUGAAGUCUGUGACAACAUAGACCUUCCAACUAUAGUUAUGGAGUAUGAAACAUACUACUAUCUAAGAUUUCAAAAGUAUCCUAAAAUAUGCAAGAAGGCAGUAGAAAAUAUAGAAUCAACAAAUUUCUCAGUUCCAAAAUCAAAAAAUAACUUUCAAAAGAAGAAAACAGUACAAGCCAACAGUUCAUCAUCAACUCUGAAUAAUGAAAGUAACUCCUUUGAGCAAAAAGAGGGUGGAAAAAAUGACUGUAAGCCAGAUAAGUUAGUUGAUGCUGAACAGUUAUCUAAGGAUUUGCAGUCAGAGAUAAAGGUAAUACCACUGCUAGUGGCAGACAACAGUAAGACAGAAGAGAAUAACUCCAUCAGGAGUAUAUUAUUGCAACCUCCACCACAUUUCAGUGGUGAAUAUAAAGAUCUGGCAGAAAUUAUUAUACAGGAUAUAUGGAUGAUGAACUUGAAUGUUCACUGGGAUGAUGUAAAGGGAUUAAAUAAAGCCAAAAGUCUGCUUAAAGAAGCUGUUGUCUACCCAGUUAAAUACCCAGAGCUGUUCUCAGGAAUUCUGUCACCAUGGAAGGGUUUAUUACUGUAUGGACCACCAGGAACAGGGAAAACUUUACUUGCCAAAGCUGUUGCAGCACAAUGCAAAACAACAUUUUUCAAUAUAUCGGCGUGCUCACUUGUUAGCAAGUGGAGAGGAGACUCAGAAAAACUUGUGAGGGUACUGUUUGACGUGGCUCGCCACUAUGCACCAUCCACAAUAUUUCUCGAUGAAAUCGAUGCUCUUGCUUCUCAUCGUGAUGGGUUACUGGAACAUGAAGCAUCUCGUAGACUGAAAGCUGAGCUACUUAUUCAGAUGGAUGGAAUUUCCUCAUCUCAUGACAGUGUCUUUCUAUUGGCUACAUCUAACCUCCCAUGGGCACUGGAUGCAGCAAUACUGCGACGGUUGCCGAAGAGGAUACUUGUGGAUCUACCAGAUGCAGAGGCCCGAAAAGCCAUGUUUCAGCACUAUUUGCCUCCAACAAUUCUCAACAAGCCACUUCUUCAGAGUGAUCUUAAUUAUUCUAAACUUGCUGAAGUCACAGAUGGGUAUUCUGGUUCUGACAUCAAAUUAGUCAGUCAGGAAACACUGAUGAAUGCAAUCAGGCCACUGUUCUCUGUCUUGGAAGAAUGUGAUUCUGGCACAAAUUUAUGUAAGCUGAAGGCCAAAGCUAUUUCAACAGAUGAUGUUAUGCACGCUUUGACAAAAACAAGACCUUCAGCAUCUCACCUUGUUUUGAAGUAUCAGAAGUGGCAGGAAGAUUUUGGAUCUGCGUAGUUAAAACAAAGCU